AUGCCACAUAUAUGCAGUUACGACGGAGUCAAGGAUCCUCUAGAUCACCUGAAGACCUUCAAGACAUUGAUGCACCUUCAAGGAAUUGUAGACAAGAUAAUGUGUAGGGCCUUCCCUACAACGCUGAAGGGUGCUGCGAGAAUUUGUUUUAGUCGGUUAACGCCUGGCUCUAUCAGUACUUUCAAGGAGCUGAGCGCUCAGUUCACUUCACACUUCAUUGGAGGACACAGGUACAAGAAGUCAACUGCAUGCCUGAUGAACAUUAAGCAGUGGGAGGAUGAGACGCUGAGGUCCUACAUAACUCGUUUCAACAAGGAGGCCCUCUCAAUUGACCAGGCGGACGACAAGAUACUCGUGGCAGCAUUCACUAAUGGGAUACGAAAGGGUAAGUUCCCAUUUUCUCUGUACAAAAAUGAUCCAAAAACCAUGUCGGAAGUGCUCUACAUGGCUACCAAGUAUAUGAACGCGGAAAACGUAUUGCUGACCCACGAGGAUAAGCCUAGAAAAAGGGAAAGGCAGGAGGACACAAGACAGGAUAGAGGGCGCAAAGUGGCUAGGACUGGAGAACAACAGGAUGAUAGACGCUCCAAACCCCCCAUUAGGAGAUUCACAAGCUUCACUCCGUUAACUACCUCAAUAGAUCAAGUCUUCAUGCAGAUCAAAGACGAAGGAACCCUGACAUUCCCAGGCAAGUUAAAGGGAGAUCCCAGCAAGAGACCAAGGGAUAAGUACUGCCGCUUCCAUCGAGACCACGGGCACGACACAGCUGACUACUAUGAUCUAAAAUAG